AUGACUCAGAAGCUUGAAGAUAACUCAAAUGCUUUACAGGAUCGUUUGCUGGGCUGUGGAGUGUUCAAUUGUCCGGACAAACAGCUGAACGCACUCCUGAGCUUGCAAUACAGAACUCACUACCAUGUUUUCGGGGGCAAUACCGCGAACAAAAGCGUUUUCGAGGUUCUGCAAGGGGAAUUGAGCAAAUGUGAUUAUUCUGGCUCGUCCAAUGCUAUAAAAAAAAGAAUUGGGCUCAAUUUGCAGGGAAUUUUGAGCUAUCAUUUGUCCGCUACGGAAUCUGCACAGAACCAUCUGGUUCUUGCAGAUCAGGUCAAGCUUGGACCAGGACCUUUCGAGACCUUUCUCCAGCUUGAAACGCUAUACUUUACUGGUCUGUUGAAAGGAAACGGCAGUGUAGAGCACUAUUUACAGAACUUACUCGAGGUGGUCACCGAGCUACCACGCGAAUCGCAUGCAUUGACCUUCCACUACCUAGAUUUGAUCGUAGCAAGACUUCAGAUGAAUUGGGACCAGCUGCUUGAGCGCUUGAAGCCUUGCAACGUAACCUACUACGUUGCUGUCCAGUCCAAUACGGGAAACCAUGAUCAGGAACUACUGAAAAUUGGGUUUCAAUUGCUCAAAGCAGCUAGCUUUCCUACCGCAGAGGAGUGCAAUAAUCGCGACUUGGAACAAUUUCAUGUUGUGCUGCAGUACUACUUUCUCAAUUGCAACGCAUCUACAUCUACAAAAUGGCGCGACUUCUUGAUAGAAUCGAUGGGCAAAACGUUUCAGAGCAUGGAAGUAGCCAAAACAGCUAUGGUGUAUUUUGGGUUGGAGCAACAAAAGAACGAGUCUAUUUUAAAUUUCGUUAACUUCAUGAGUUACAACGAAAACUACAAAGAGUUGAACGAUGGUCGCUGGCUGGAUACCGUUUCGAUUCUAGAAAGCUAUAGAUUCGUCGCUGAACAAGCUGGGCAUGUUGAAAUACCGAACAUUUUUAAUUUUUACGAUUUCUUGACCAAAUUCAAGGCCAUUCUACGUGAGUUUUAUGCCAAGAUUUCUUUGCCACUCAUAGAGAAAGAGCAAUCUUUGGAUAUAGCCUCGAAUGGGGCCAUGAUCUUCAUACCUCAAAAGCUUCGGAGAGUCCUGGCACAAUCGUGGAACUCGCUAUACGAAUACGAACGUGACGAUUUGAGCAGCGUUCUUCAGUCCUCUCACACACACUAUCUCGCUAACGCGCACACAGCUGAUCCAAACAGUGAUGCUCUUAACUUUAGUUAUGCUUACGCCUUGGCUCAGAAACGCGAGAUCGCGCAAGCUAUCAAGUUUAUCAAAAAUGCUAUUCUGGAGAAAGAGCCGGAGAAUUACCGGGCAUGGCAUUUGCUCGCCUUGUGUGAGUCAACGAACGAAGAUAAGACUAUUUCAUUUAGAAUCGUUUGUUCGGUAUUACAAGCUUUACAGCAAGCCCUUCACGACGGCACCUCUUUAUCUGUCUCUGAACGGUGGCAGAUGAUCCACCUGAAGGUCACACAGCUUAAAAUAACGGCCGACAUGUUUGGUGUUGAAGACGCGCUGGAACUUCUGCCAGAGCUUAUGGAACUGCUCGAUCUCGCUCUUCCUUCCGAUUUGAAAGAUUGUAGCUUGGGCCCAGAGUUUAACAAGAGCAAAGAGUAUCUGCAGCAGAGUGUGUGGCUAUUUGCUGUUCAGCUGUAUAUGAGCAGAUCUGUCGAAGACGCCAGAGAAGCCCUCGCAGAAUCCAAAAUUCAAACCACGAAAUUUCACAAUCUCAAUAAUGAUCUUGCUGAGGGAUACAUGUCUCUUGCAGGCGACAAAGGACGGGCUCUUGAAUCGUUUGAAAAGGUUUUGUUUUAUGACCCUAUGAACAUCGAUGCAAUUGUAGGAUUCGCGAAAUGUUUGAUGCCCGGUACUGAUGAGGAAGAGCUUCACAAGAUGACACCACCCAAGACUUAUGAACCGAGCGAGGACGCGUUUUUAAGUGAAAAGGAUAGAUCGGCUGCGUUCGCAAGGCUCAAACUACUGCUUGAAGAAAUCAUCGAAAAGUCUAUCGAAGGAUACUAUUCACCGGAAAUUUGGUGGUAUUUGGCGCAAGUUUACGAAAAUUACGGGGACCAAGAACGAAUGGAAUUGUCCUUAUGGAACUGUGUCAAGUUCCAGGAACUGCGACCCAUUCGGGAUUUCAAAAUAUGUAACAUAUAG